UUCCUCCCUCUCGCGAAACCCUAACCCUAAUUUCCGCCCCCUUUUCCAAAUCUCAUCUCGCCGCUUUCGAUCUCUCGAUCAGAAACCCUAGAAUUCGCCCAAGCCUCUCGUUUUCUGACCCUUUCGGGUGUUCUCGUGUUGAUUUUGGGGAUAUUUGCCGCGAAUUUUGGUGUUUGUUUCUUGAUUUUUGAUUUAGCUUUCAAUCAUGUCGAGGUGCUUCCCGUUUCUGCAUCCAAACCGCGAGGCUGAGGCUCUGAUUGAACCGAUUAAGCUCCAAAACGGUAAAGAAAGUAGAAAGGAAAAGAAGGAUAGAAGGAAGGAAAAGAACAGGGAGAAGAAAGACAAGAAGGAGAAUAGAAAGAGAUCCCGAGAGGAUCAUGGGAACUUUGAACCUAGCAAGCAUAGCCCAAAGAAAAGGAAGCAUGAUGAAGGGAAGGGUUGCCCGGCUAAAGCCGGAGAUGAUGGAUCCGAACAGUUGGAGAAAAGCAGCAUUACAGAAGAACUUGGUUUGCCUUUGUCUACAUAUAGCCCGUAUGAUUCUGAUAGAUCUCAGAACACCAAGCAGAGGGAAAACCCUGCUGCGACUGCCCCAUCGAUUAAUCAUAAUAAUGUUGGCUUCAUUGUCCGUGUCAGACUCCCAUUAGGGAAGAAGCAGAAGGAUGCUGAAGCACUUGGCCCCAAUGAAGAAGAUCCUUGCUUCUCGGGCAGACUUGAAACACCUUUUCAAAGUUUACACUGCCCAUCAAGUUCCCAUAGGUACAGUUCUGCAGACCAAUCUGAAACUGUUUCCAAUCAAGAAGCAGCUGAAACCAUGAACAAACCCUCCAACUCCCAACAAAGGCACAGUGGCCCUUCAGGCAGAGUCGAAGAAACUUACAAGCAAGAUGUUGCACAACCCGAUGGGAAACCGUCUAGCUCCCAGUUAAGAUAUAUUAAAACACCUGGUGAACAAAAAGUAGACAAAGUGCCUGCCGGUGCUCAUACACCUUCUACCUCCAACCAAAGGCCUAGCCGCAUUGAAAGAAAGGAACAACGGUACCGAGAUUUGGUUACAAACUGGAAUCCUCAACAAUUCCAGUAUGAAUUGUCAGAUGACAGUGAAGACAACUGGCUAUUUGGCUCUCGACAAGGGAAAGAUGAUGAUGCGGGGUGUAAGACUGGUGCUGAAUCUUCGGUUUAUGGAAAUACCACUGCAGUGUCUUUCCAACCUCGAGCCUGCUAUAUACCUGAGAUGGAUAUGUAUGCUUUGCCAUAUGUGGUUCCUUUUUGAAUUUGAAGGUUGCCAGGAUGGUUAAGAGUGUUUAGAAAAUGUGGCAGCAGUGAUUUUGUUGCAAUGGGGGUUAGGACUUCCAAGGUGAGGUCUAUGGAAAUACUGGUGUGUUAUCUUUUAAACCUUGAGCCUGCUAUAUGUGGUUCUGUUUGGAAACUGAAGAUUUUAGAAAAUGUAGGGGCAAUGUUUUUUGAUUUUGAUAUAUUUUUUUGUUUCUUUUUUGUUGCUGGGAGUUUGUGGGACAUUCUGCCUCUAUUCCUCAUCAAUGUUGAUGAUGAUCCAUUUUCA